CCCUCUUUCUUUUUUCUUUCCUCUGUCGCUUACUGACUCUUGCGUUAAUGCUCCUCUUCUUCUUCUUCUUCUUCUCUCUCUCUCUCUCUCUCUCUCUCCAGUCCUCACGAGGCCGGUAGUGACGGGACCGAUGAAAAACCCCACUAACCAUACCACUAAAAGACACCUGACCCAAUCGAUUUUUGCGCACCAUUAGCAGUGCUCUCUGCUCCAGAGGAGCAGGUUUCGAUGUGGACCCCUCCCACACACAGUUUCCUUUGCUUCUUCAACUUCUGUCUUGUCAACUACCUUUCUCGUUCUUCUCUCUGGUUUCAACUUUCACCUACAGAUUUAUAUAAAGCUUUCUUCAUUCAUCUCUCAUUACCCCCGUGAGCACGAGACAAAGAGUAGACAUGGCUUCUUCAUGCCGCCUUCUACUUGUUCUUCCUCUGUUACUGCAACGCUUCAUCUUCCUCCUUAUCUCUGCGAGCAAUGUUCACAUUGUUUACAUGGGAGAAAGACGCCAUCAUGAUUAUCAACUUACCCAAGACUCGCACCAUGAAAUUCUUUCCACUCUGCUCGGAAGCAAACAAGCUGCGAGGGAGUCUAUUCUAUAUAGUUACAAGCAUGGAUUUUCAGGGUUUGCUGCUCUGCUAACUCAGUCUCAAGCUAAGCUUAUUGCAGUAAAUGUAGAUUUCCCCGGAGUUGUUCGUGUUAUUCCAAACCGUAUUCUUCGUGUGCAUACGACCAGAAGUUGGGAUUUUCUGCAAUUGAAGCCUGAGAUAAUGGAUGGGAUCCUUUCAAGGAGUCAAUCGGGUUAUGACUCAAUUAUUGGCGUCCUCGAUACGGGAAUCUGGCCCGAGUCUGAAAGCUUCAAAGAUGAUGGCAUGGGAGAGGUUCCGUCUCGAUGGAAUGGGGUGUGUCAGGAAGGAGAGGAAUUCAAUGCUUCCAAUUGCAACAGGAAAGUUAUUGGUGCACGUUGGUACAUCAAAGGAUAUGCAGCUGAAUUUGGAAAGCUAAAUACAAGUGGUGAUGUUGAAUUUUUGUCUCCUCGGGAUGCAGUGGGGCAUGGUACUCACACCUCAUCUACUGCAGCUGGGGCUCUGGUGGGAAAUGCUAGCUUUAUGGGUCUAGCUCAAGGCCUGGCAAGAGGAGGUGCUCCAGCUGCUAGGUUAUCUAUAUACAAAGUAUGCUGGUCUACCGGUGGCUGCAGUUCUGCUGACCUUCUUGCUGCUUUUGAUGAUGCCAUUUCUGAUGGGGUGGAUGUGCUUUCAGUAUCUCUUGGCUCACCACCACCACUUUCUCCAUACAUUGAGGAUGCUUUGGCCAUUGGUUCCUUCCAUGUGGUGGCUAAAGGGAUCCCUGUAGUUUGCUCUGGGGGAAACUCUGGUCCUUCCUCGCAGACAGUAAUAAAUACUGCUCCCUGGAUUAUAACUGUUGCAGCGAGCACAAUAGAUCGAUCUUUCCCUACAACAAUUAUCCUAGGGAACAACCUAAGUCUUGUGGGUCAAGCUUUGCUUACAGAAAAGCAUGUGAACAAGUUCUAUCCAAUAGUGUAUGGAGAAAGCAUUGCUUCCAACGAUUCUGAUGAAGACAAAGCAAGGAGUUGUGAUGCAGGAUCUCUGAAUGCCACUUUAGCAAGAGGAAAGGUGGUUCUAUGUUUCCAAUCUCGGUUAAAGGGGUCAGCUUCUAUUGCAACAAAAACUGUAGCAAGAGUUAGGGGUGUUGGUGUCAUCUUUGCUCAGUUUCCAACAAAGGAUAUUGCUUCUACAUCAGGAAUUCCAUGUGUCCAGGUUGAUUAUACUAUAGGAACAUCUGUGCUGACAUACAUAGAAAGCACCAGAAAUCCAGUAGUCAGGUUUAGCCUUACAACGACGUCUCUUGGGAGACAAAUUUCCCCAGAAGUAGCAUUCUUUUCAUCUCGAGGACCAAGUUCCAUUUCUCCCUCAGUGUUGAAGCCUGAUAUUGCUGCACCUGGAGUUAAUAUCUUAGCCUCAUGGUCACCUGCUUCCUCUCUGUCACCUGGUGUACAUCGACACAAACAGCCUUCACUUAAAUUCAAAAUUGAAUCAGGAACCUCCAUGUCUUGUCCUCAUGUAUCUGGUAUUGUCGCUCUUCUCAAAUCAAUGCAUCCCAACUGGAGCCCUGCUGCAAUAAAAUCUGCAUUGGUAACCACAGCUUCUACAAAAGAUAAAUAUGGUCAAAGUGCAGUAGCCGAGGGAUCCCCACACAAGCAGGCUGACCCAUUUGACUAUGGAGGUGGUCACGUAGACCCUAAUAAAGCUGCAGAUCCUGGUCUCAUAUAUGACAUGGGAAUCACAGACCAUGUACGCUUCCUUUGUUUAAUGGGCUAUAAUGACUCUUCUGUCAGCCUAAUGACAAGGCAUCCCACUGUAUGCAGUAAAACAUCCAAGUCACUAGCAGACCUGAAUCUACCUUCCAUCUCCAUUCCAGAACUGAAGAAGAGCUUGGCAGUAUCAAGAACGGUAACAAAUGUAGGUCCAGUCAAUUCUGUGUAUUCUGUACAUGUUAAGGCUCCCCCAGGUGUGAUUGUGCAUGUUAAUCCAUCAGUUUUAUCCUUCAAUUCUACGGCCAAACAGCUAAGAUUCAAGGUGACUUUCCAAUCCCAACUAAGUGUGCAAGGGAGAUACUCCUUUGGAAGUCUUUCAUGGGAAGAUGGUAUACAUGUAGUAAGAAUACCCUUGAUAGUUCGAACUGUUAUAGAUGAUUUUUAUGCAGAUAUAUAAAGCAGCUACUAAAGGCUGUAUCAGUUUUUCCUUGAUUACCUUCAA